CUCCAACAAUUCUUCACCUGGCCCAGAUGGUAUACCUUUUGGGGUCUGGCGUGCCCUCGGGAGAGUCGGCGCCGACGUGCUGCUGGCGGUGUCGAAACGAGGCAGAAGCAUCCUGGCGCCGACGUGUUUCUGGUGCCGACGUGCUGCUGGCGCCGACGUGCUUCUGCCUCGCCAUUGAGUCUGGCGAGGCAGAAGCAUCCUUCAACGAGGCAUACUCGGACGAGGCCGACGGCGACGAGCACAACUUCAACUUGUCCACGCUGGUAUGCUUGCCGAAGGAGGCGAUCGGGGAGGACCCGGACUUGGCCGCCUACUACUUAGGGGCAGCGACGCGCCCGCUCUCAAUUGUCAACAGCGACAACCGCCUGUUGACCAGCGCGAUGAAGAUAAAAUGGGAAAAGGCAGCUGCAGUCUUUUGUCCAGGGGCGCCAACAAGGCUUCUUGAGGCACCGCUCAAUUCUCCGCAAUCUGCUCGAGGUGGACACCGCCAUGCUCCUCACCGGUCUGGCUGGCAACGAGGGCGCGGCUGUGUUCCUCGACUUUGAGGCGGCAUUCCCGUCCAUUGCUCACGAAUGCACCGGGCGGGUUCUGCGCUGGUCUUCUGCGCGCCGAGCAGAUGUGUCCUGUCACUCAAGGGGGAGACAUUCGCACGAUUCCCGCUCGAGGCGGGUGUGCGGCAGGGCUGCCCGCUUUCCCCGCUGGUGUACGCAUUGGUGGCGGAGGCGUUGCUAGACAAGCUCGAACAGGACAUCGACGGGAUUCUGGUGCGCGCUUACGCGGACGACACUGUCCUGAUCCUGAAGCAGUUCUUGCGCGUGCUACCGCCAUUGGAACGUUUCUUCGUGGAGUUCGCUGCGAUAUUUGGUUUACGUUUGAAUUUGCGGAAGCCGGUCGUGGUCCCCCUCACGCGGGCUCUGCUGGAGCAGAACGCGGCGUCUUUCAUGGAGCGCGCCACGGCCUGGAAGGACAUGUCUGUUCAGCACUCGGCAAAAACCUGGGCUACAUCAUGGGGCCUGGCAAUGGCAGCAAGACGUGGCACAAACCACUGGCUAAGUUCCACAAGCGGGUGCACAUGUGGCGAGACGCGCCACUCGGGUUGCAGUGGCAGGCUCGGUCUUACAAUACUUUCAUGUGGCCGACGCUGCUCUACGUGGCGCAGUUGGAGUGGCCCGACGCUUACGUGCAGGAAGAAGUGCAAGGAUGUAUUGUGACAACAGCACCGUCCGCGCUCUUCCGCCUGGCAUCUGGGCCCACAGCCUGGGCCUCCCCGAUGGAUCUCUGGCUCCUGCGGGACGCUUACGGCGGGGCCGCAUCGUUCCACAACCUGGCCUGGAUGGCCGCGGCGUCGCAGAUGCGUAUUCUCGAUUGGGGUGGACGCCCUGGGGUGGAUCGAUUGGUACUCGCGCAGCUUCUUGUGUUCGCUUGGGGGAG